CCAAAAAAUGGUUGAUCUCUUCGGUGAUAUUAUACUGCGAUUAGUCGUAAUCAAGAUUAUACUUGCAAUGAUAAUCAACACUACCUUAAUGUGCAACCGCGGUAAAGCGGGAAAGUCUAACAAGGAAGCCACGGAAGAGCAAAUGUAUGGACGACAAUCAUUGGUCAAUGCAAGUAUUGCCGGAAAAUCGACGAGUGGUGAGCCAAUGAAAAGCACACAAGCACCUUCAAGUCAAAUCGCGAGUGUGCAAUAGAAACUGGAUGGAGUAAUAACAAGCGGACUCAAGCCUCGAAGUAGAUACUUGUGUGCUUGUACUAACGUAAAAUAAACAGUGA